ACACAUAAGCUACUACAUAACUUCACAUCUUAUCUACCACUCCAGUUUCAACCAAAAAAACUUCAGCUCAUAGCUGAAGCUUCACUAUGGCAGCAGGAAUGGCUUUAGUGAAACCCAUCUCAAUUUCCAAGCUUGGGAACUAUUCAAAACCAAGAACAUCACACACAAAACUCGUCACAGUUAAAAUGGCAGCCACAAACUCGAAACCCUCCACAAGUUCAUCAAACAAAGGCACCAAGAAAGGGAUAAAGGAGUCUUUGCUGACACCCAGGUUUUACACUACUGAUUUCGAUGAGAUGGAGACACUUUUCAACACUGAUAUUAACAAAAAUCUAAAUGAAGCUGAGUUUGAGGCAUUGCUGCAAGAAUUCAAGACUGAUUAUAAUCAGACUCAUUUUGUGAGGAACAAGGAGUUUAAAGAGGCUGCUGAUAAAAUGCAAGGCCCAAUGCGCCAGAUUUUUGUUGAAUUCUUGGAGAGGUCUUGUACUGCUGAGUUCUCGGGGUUUCUUCUCUACAAGGAGCUUGGAAGAAGACUUAAGAAAACUAAUCCUGUAGUAGCUGAGAUUUUCUCUCUCAUGUCUAGAGAUGAGGCCAGGCAUGCGGGGUUUUUGAACAAGGGUCUAUCUGAUUUCAAUCUGGCAUUGGACUUGGGAUUUUUGACAAAGGCCAGGAAAUACACUUUUUUCAAGCCAAAGUUUAUAUUCUAUGCAACAUAUUUGUCUGAGAAAAUUGGGUACUGGAGAUACAUUACCAUUUAUCGACAUCUCAAAAGUAAUCCCGAGUACCAACUUUAUCCCAUAUUCAAGUACUUUGAGAACUGGUGCCAGGAUGAAAACCGCCAUGGUGAUUUUUUCUCUGCAUUGAUGAAGGCACAGCCUCAGUUCCUGAAUGACUGGAAGGCUAAGUUGUGGUCACGCUUCUUUUGCUUAUCGGUUUACGUGACAAUGUAUCUGAAUGAUUGCCAGAGAUCUUCCUUUUAUGAAGGCAUUGGACUCGACGCGAAAGAAUUUGACAUGCAUGUCAUCAUUGAGACUAAUCGCACCACUGCAAGGAUUUUCCCGGCUGUUCUUGAUGUUGAGAAUCCCGAAUUCAAGAAGAAGUUGGAUAGGAUGGUGGAGAUCAACACAAAACUUCUGGCAAUUGGUGAAACCGAUGACAUUGAUUUUGUGAAGAACUUGAAAAGAAUUCCACUUAUUGCAGCACUGGCUUCUGAGCUCUUGGCUGCAUAUCUCAUGAAACCCAUCGACUCUGGUUCCGUUGAUAUUGCAGAAUUUGAUGCCCAGCUUGUUUACUAAAUCACUUUUUUGUACUACUAUCAAUCUCUUGCAAAGGUCAAUAUGUAUGCUGUGAUUUGUAGUUCCUGAAGAAACAGUGUAACAUAAGCCAGGGAGGCUCUUGGAACUUCAAGGCUUAUUGUAUUUAUG